AUGUCAACAUUAACACCGGCAGAACAAGAAGAGCAAAAGAAAAUCGUCGAGACAUUUCAAAGGCUUCGCGAGCAGCAGCAGGAAUUAGCACAAGAAAUCACUCGUGUAGAAGAAGAAAAACGGGAAUUUGGGAGAGUCAUAGAACUAUUGAAUGAGCUCGAUGGUGAACAAAAAUGUUUUCGUCUGAUAAGUGACACUCUCGUUGAGUACACGGUAAAGGAAGUGAUCCCUGUGCUAGAGAAGAAUUUUACAAAUGUGAGUAUUUGUGAUGUUAUGCUUUCAUCAGAUGAAGAAGAAGAAGAAGUGGGUGAUGAUGUCCAGGAGACGACGUCGAAGUCGAAUGACGGAGAGGUAGAAUUUCUUAGCACCAUAAGUGGUUCUUCGGAAAACGAAGAUAGUUCAAGUGAAGAUGACGCAGAAGAGUUCGAGCGUUUAGCUGAACUACGUCAAUCUAUAACUACAGUGGAGGAAACAUCAGCAACAAAGUCAUUUUCGGAGUUGGGAUUGAGGUCUUGGCUUGUGCAGCAAUUAAAUACGAUGCGCAUUGUCAAACCCACACCAGUGCAGGCCCAUUGCAUACCUAAGGUGCUUCAAGGAUUUGACGUGCUGGGUUGCGCUAAAACUGGGACGGGAAAAACACUUGCAUUUGUUCUCCCAAUUCUCAACGAGCUCGCAGUCGAUCCCUAUGGGAUUUACGCCCUNGUUUUGACUCCUACUCGUGAAUUGGCGUCCCAAAUUUUCGACCAGUUCGUUGCUCUUGGAAAGCCUAUUGCUACAAAAACUUCUCUUAUAACUGGAGGCAGAAGCUUGGUGGAUCAGGCGAAUGAGCUAACUGUUCGACCUCAUAUCGUCGUCGCUACUCCAGGAAGACUUGCUGAUCAUAUUGACAGUGACCCGGAAGGAUUAGGACAACUGUUCAAAAAGAUUCAGUUCUUUGUACUUGACGAGGCUGAUCAGAUGUUAGACGGCCAGUAUAAUGAACAGUUGAAAACAAUUUUCUUGUCUAUUCCCAAACAACGGCGUACGCUUCUCUUCUCGGCGACUAUCACUAGUGCCAUUACGAAGCUUCAUACAGUCACCAAGAAGAAACCGUACUUUUUCGAGGAUAAGCACGACGUUGCGACAGUAGAGAAGUUGGAACAAAAGUUCGUCUUGUGUCCGGUCGCAGUCAAGGAUGCAUAUCUCGUAUACGUUGUAAAGAACUACUGUGAACGAAAUGAAAAUAGCUCUGUGAUCGUCUUUGCCCAAACUUGUAGAGAAUGCCAAGCCUUGGCGUACAUGUUCGAUGCACUAGGAUUCAAGGUUGGUUCACUUCAUUCUCAAAUUGAACAACGUCUUCGCAAUGCAGCGCUCUCCUCGUUUCGGUCGAAAACCUUACGUAUUCUGAUCUGUACGGAUGUAGCAUCCCGCGGACUUGAUAUCCCUCACGUUGACUUGGUGGUCAAUCAUAAUGUUCCGAAGUCACCAAAAACUUAUGUUCAUCGUGUGGGUCGUUCAGCGCGUGCUGGGAGAUAUGGUGCCGCUCUAACUUUCGUGACUCAGUACGAUAUAGUGCUUCUUCAGGCCGUAGAAGAAUUGAUUGGAAUGAAACUUGAAGAGCUCAAGGUCAGCGACCACAAGGUAACUCGUUAUGUUACGAAGGUUCUCGUUGCCAAGAGGGAAGCAGAAUUAAGGUUGGAACAGAAUAAUUUCGGUGAACGAAAAGAGGCAAACUUACGUAAAGAUCUCCUUAUGAGUGGAGUACCUGAGGAAGAGGUUGACAAGAGAAUUGAGGAAAUCAGACAACCUCGAAAUAACGCGAAAAAGGCACAUCGUAAAACGAUUACCGGGAAGAGACCUCAAACCAUAACCAAAAAAGAUCUCGGUUUAGAAAAACGAAAAAAGAUAUGA